UAAAAGAAAGAAAAAAUCAACAAAAGAAAUAAAAGUAUUCCAGCUAACUUUUUUAAGUUUUUAUUAUUGUUGAAUAAUUAUAGCAGAAGAAAAUAAUGACUAAUUUUUAUAGAAGUUACAUGUUUAGUAUUUAAAGAUAUUCAACGUGGAAACAGAAUUCAGUUCAAUUUUAAUAGAUAGGUAUUGAAAAUCUUCGUUCUAUUAAUUUAAUAAAAUUAAAAAAAAAAAUAGUCUGGAAGCCAUGCAUUUUUCUAUACCAGACACACAAGAGCUGUAUGCAGAACGAGCGGGUACAAGUUAUACAGCUUAUAACAUUUAUAUUAAUGGUUGUUUUCACGCUUGCUUACGUUAUAAGCAAUUACAUGCCUUGCAUGAACAGUUACGUAGGCGUUGCUUGGAAAUGGGAUUGGAAUUGCCAAAUUUCCCACCAAAGAAACUUUUACCCUUAACUAACAACCAAGUAGAAGCCAGGCGUGCAGCUUUAGAACAUUACCUCCAAUCAGUCGGCCAAGACAACAGAAUCGCUAAAUUGGAAAUCUUUCAAAAAUUUUUGCUAACAGCGCAAUUAGAGACAUCCACGGAUAUUCUGGAAGAAUGGUUUGGUUACGGAAAUGACAGUUCAGAGGAUCAAAAUGAAGAGGAUUUUAUGGCAACUGUAACUUUGGAAGUGAUGCUACCGAAUAAUUAUCACAUGCGGAUAGAAUGCAGAGUUUCAGAUAACGCCACGGCUCUACUGGCAAAAACAUCAGAAAUAUUGUAUUUGCCUUCAAAGAUGAUGCAUUGUUUUUGUCUAUUUUUGGUUAGAAAAGAAGCUAAUGAUGCUAUAGUGCUGUUGCGCAAACUUAUGGAUUUCGAAUCGCCGUUUAUUUCCCGUCUUCGAUCACAACCUUGUCAAAUACAAAUAUACAGAAACUAUUUUAACCCGGGACUUGAUUUGUUUGUUAUGAAAGAACCUGUAGCUUUGAAUUUACUGUAUAUGCAAACAGUGGCGGAUAUAGAAAGAGAACAGAUUAUUACUACGCCGGAGAUAUUAAAAAACUUAAGAAUCUUGCAAAAGCAUGGCCUAAAAUUGGAAUAUAUUGAAUUGGCCAGACAAUUGCCUAUGUACGGUUGCUUACAGUUCUUAUCUGCGCAGGUAGAUUAUCCAGAGCCGCAGACUAUUGCUUCAAUAGCUAUUGGCAAUAAAGAGCUUUCAAUAAGAACUAUGAAAGUGGACAAAAUCUAUGAAACCAAAUUCCGUGUAACUCGCAUGCGUUGUUGGCGUGUUACGGCUGUACAUAACACUCAAGAAUGUAAGGAUCACCCCUACGAUUUGCAGCUAUCCUUCGAAUAUCUAAUGUCUAAACAAACUUUACGUUGGAUUACUAUAAGCAGUCCUCAAGCUAUGUUAAUGUCAGUGUGUUUACAAGCUAUGGUUGAUGAAUUACUCAACUACAAGGAGAACGAACCACUGGACGCUAUUAACAAUGCGAAUGUAGACUUUACUUGCGCACAAACGCCUUCAUCUUCAUCCACGACUUCUUCGUCAACUCACACAGCAACCGAAAAUAACCCUGCUAAUACUUCUGUGGUAUCAUCACCUUCGUCCACAACCAUGUCAAAUUAUGCUUCACAAGUUUUGUCAUCAUCACCAUCAUCGGAUUCUCCCACUGCUCCAGUAAAAUUUUUAACUCAACGUAUACUCAAUAAGCAGAAUCCAAAGCUACCACAAUCCCAUUCCUAUGGUGCUGUAUUCUUUCGUAAUUCCUGUCCGCAAGAAUCGGUGCAAAAUGAGGCUUUCGACGAGAUUAUAGGGGAUGAUGAUUUGUAAAACAAAGGAAAAAAUUUGACAAAUAUUGUUGAGGCAAAAGAAAUGACGUUAUUUUUGCGGAUUGCAAUUAUUGAAUAAAAUGUUUUAUAUUCAUUAAAUUGCCAAGUUAGUAAAAAAUUAUGUUAAAUAUUAAUUGAAGAAAAUAUUUAUAAAUUUUAGUCAUUUAAAUGUAAUUCUUUUUACAGGGUUAAAUUUACAGAAUUUUGUGAAGUGUUUUCAUAUUAAAUAAACGUUUUAAAGAGCAGAGGCAAACGGGUACAAUUUAUAUGUAAAUUUAUUAGCAACUAUACUAAAACGACAACACAUAAGUUAAACUAUCUACAAAUAACAGAGAGAAUUCAAUUUUAUUCUCCGAACGCUCCGUACCAAACUUUUUGAUCGUUUGAUCUGAAUCAUAUGCAAGUACCAUUUUUAAUGUCUUACAAAAAUUCACCUAUAAAUCGAAGUUUUAUAUAUUUCUUUUUAAAGAAUUGCAGUACGAGAAACUGUUAAAAAGUUUAUGUUUAAUCUAAAUUUUGU